UGAAGCCAAGCUGCCUCGCACAUGCGCAGUGGAGUAGGAGGACAUGGAGUCCUGCAGCCCAGCUUUGUGACACGUGCGGUGACUUGGAGGUUAAACCGGGGAUGGCAUAGGUCCUACCAUGGUGGCAGGAUGACUUCAGCUCUGAACAGGAUCUGCUCCUUGUACAGGACACCUAUCAGGAGGUCGUUACUCCGCUGCCAGGAACCCCUAGAAAAAUGGUCCCAUCUGGGCACAUGUUCCCCAGCGGCAGAUUUCCACAGUUCUUCAGUGGCCCCUGCUGGACACAAUAAGUGGUCCAAGGUGAAGCAUAUUAAAGGCCCCAAGGAUGAAGCCAGGGCACGAUUGUUCGCCAAACUCUCUUUGAUGAUUCGAGCGGUAGUGAAAGAAGGAGGACCCAAUCCAGAUAGUAAUUUUCAUUUGUCCCAGUUGAUUGAGCAAUGCCGGCAAAGAAACAUGCCCAAGUCUUCCAUUGAAACAGCCAUCAAAGGAGCGGAUAAGGCGAAGCCUGCUGCCUAUGCUCUGUAUGAGGGAAGGGGACCUGGAGGCUCCUCCUUCCUUAUUGAGGCCCUUACAGACAACAACAAACGAUCCUAUUCAGAUCUCAAGCUCAUUAUGGUGAAAAAUGGAGGUUUGAUGUGCGAUGGAGCUCGCCACUGUUUCGAUAAGAAGGGAGUUGUCAUGGUGCAGACGAAGGAUCGCGAGGGAAACCCUGUGCUGCUGGAACGAGCACUGGAACUGGCUAUAGAAGCUGGAGCUGAGGAUGUGCAGGAAACAGAAGACGAUGAGGAAAAUUAUGUGUACAGGUAUAUCUGUGAUGUGCCAUCCUUACAUGAUGUCAGAUCCAAUUUGGUGUCUUUGGGAUUAGUGCCAAUCUCCUCUGGACUGGAGUUUCUUCCAAAUAUCAAAAUCAACCUCUCAGACACUGACAUGGAAUCGGCAUCACAACUACUAGAAUUGAUAAACGACCAGCCGGACGUUAUGCGGGUCUACGACAACAUUGAGUAGAUCAGAAAAUCACAGAAUGAAGACCGUACCCAGGAUUCUGUCUUAUCCAAGUACUUUAAGCCACAUCUGAUGCAGUAUGUCAUCUUUUAUCCACGGUCUGUAAAUCACGGCGGGUAAAGAGACAGCCAACGUGGAAUGUGUUGUCAGGAAGUGACUUUGAGCUAUUGCACAUGCAGACAGAGACCGUCUGCAAGUUUUGACACACAUCAAUAGAAUGUGGCACUGCUACCAACUCCCUUCAGUUCUAAUAUAAAAUAACUUUAUAUUUUUAUUCGAGCUCUCAUUUUUGAACAUCAUCAAGAGAAAUCUGGUUGCCCUUUCAACAGAUUCUCUGAACAGAUCCACGCAGAUCCUCUGAACAAUCUACUAAUGCACCUUUUUCACUUACAUCCACCGGUCAUAAACUCGAUAUCCUCUUCUCUAGUAACUCAACAGCCCUUGAGCAAAUAUUUUAUUUUAUUUCACCAAGCUCUGGAGGAUUGCAAAAAAAAAAGCUGAGCUUGGCUAUAGCUGGAAUGAAUAAAUGUUUCCAAAUAUGCUAUCAUUGUCUAAAUUUUACAGUU